AUGUCAACAACCAUUCCAUUGAAACAUACUGCCAGAACUACAACUGGUGUUGUACCACCAACUGAAAAGAAGAAGGGUAGUAAAUUAUUUGCUCUUAAAACUGAUUUCUUAAAAAAUGAUGAAGAUUCAAUUCAAAAAGAUAUUUUAGAUCAUGUUGAAUAUACAUUAGCAAGAACAAAAUAUAAUUUUGAUUCAUUUUCAGCAUAUCAAGGAUCAGCAUAUAGUGUUAGAGAUCGUUUAAUUGAAAGAUGGAAUGAAACACAACAAUACUAUACAGAGAGAGAUCCAAAGAGAGUUUACUAUUUAUCAAUGGAAUUUUUAAUGGGUAGAUCAUUACAAAAUGCAAUUUACAAUAUGAAUCUCAAAGAUGAAUAUCAUAAUGCCUUGUUAGAGUUGGGCUUUGAAAUGGAAGACCUCUACGAAGAGGAGAAAGAUGCUGCAUUGGGUAAUGGUGGUUUGGGUCGUUUAGCUGCAUGUUUCAUGGAUUCAUUGGCAACAUUAAAGUAUCCAGCAUGGGGUUAUGGUCUUCGUUAUAAUUAUGGUAUGUUUGAACAAGGUAUCUAUGAUGGUUAUCAAACCGAGGUACCAGAUUAUUGGUUGGUAGCUGGUAAUCCAUGGGAGAUUGAACGUUUGGAUGUUCAAUACACCGUUCGUUUCUAUGGUCAAGUCACAGAGAAGAAAUCAAGUGAUGGUAGUAAAUUUGAAUGGGAUCAUGGUGAAUUGGUACAAGCAAUCGCUUACGAUACACCAGUACCAGGCUAUCAUACCACCAACACCAAUAACAUUCGUCUUUGGUCAAGCAAACCACAUAAAGAGUUUGAUUUGGAUGCAUUCAAUGGUGGUAACUAUUUAUCUGCCGUAGAAGCUAAACAAAGAUCAGAGAAUAUCACAUCGGUCCUCUAUCCAAAUGAUAACACCUACUCUGGUAAAGAAUUAAGAUUGAAACAACAAUACUUCUUUGUUGCUGCCACCCUUUGUGAUGUCAUUAGACGUUUCAAGAAAUCUCAUCAAAAUUGGCAAGAUUUCCCAAAUAAAGUAGCCAUUCAAUUGAAUGAUACUCAUCCAACCAUUGGUGUAGUUGAACUCUUUAGAAAACUCAUCGAUGAGGAAGGUCUUCAAUGGGAAGAGGCUUGGGAUAUCGUUACCAAAACCUUUGCUUACACCAAUCAUACCAUUCUUCCAGAAGCUUUGGAAAUGUGGCCAGUUAGUUUGAUCGAAGAUCUCCUUCCACGUCAUAUGCAACUCAUCUAUGGUAUCAAUCAUCGUUUCCUCAUUCAAGUCACUCAAAAAUGGCCAGGUGAUAUCGGUAAAAUGAGAGGUCUCUCCAUCAUUCAAGAAGGUGAAGAGAAGAGAGUCAGAAUGGCUCAUCUCGCUAUCGUUGGUUCACAUUGUGUAAAUGGUGUCGCUGCUAUGCACUCUGAAUUGGUCAAACAUAAGGUAUUCCCAGAUUUCUUUUGUCUCUGGCCAGAGAAAUUCCAAAACAAAACCAAUGGUGUCACUCCAAGACGUUGGAUUGAACAAGCUAACCCAGGUUUAUCCGCUAUCUUCACCAAAUGGUUAGGUACCGAUAAAUGGACAACCAAUUUAGAAUUGGUCAAAGGUAUCAAGGAACAUAUGGAUAAUCCAGAGUUAAUCGCUGAAUGGAAAUACGUUAAACAAGGCAAUAAACAACGUUUAGCUGAAUUCAUCCUUAAACAUUGUGGUAUUCAUGUUAAUCCAAACGCUCUCUUUGAUGUUCAUAUCAAGAGAAUUCACGAAUACAAGAGACAAUUAUUAAAUAUUCUCUCUGUCAUCUAUCGUUAUCUUUCCAUUAAAAAGAUGUCUCCAAAAGAUAGAGCUCAAGUUGUACCACGUGUUGUAAUUUUCGCCGGUAAAGCUGCCCCAGGUUAUGUUAUGGCUAAAAGACAUAUCAAAUUAAUCAACUCUGUUGCCGAGGUUAUCAACCGUGAUAAAGAGGUCGAUCAAUACCUCAAGGUUGUUUUCAUUGCAAAUUACAACGUUUCAAUCGCUCAAGUCAUCGUUCCAGCCUCUGAUAUCAAUCAACAAAUUUCAACCGCUGGUACCGAAGCCUCUGGUACUAGUAACAUGAAAUUCACUAUGAAUGGUAGUUUAAUCAUUGGUACUUUGGAUGGUGCAAAUGUUGAAAUCGCCGAAGAAGUUGGUCAAGAGAAUAUGUUUAUCUUUGGUUUACGUACAAGUGAAGUUGAAGCUGCUCGUGAAAAAAUGACAAACAAAGAAGUCAACAUUGACCCACGUCUUCAAGAGGUAUUCCUUAAUAUUGAAUUAGGUACAUUUGGUCCACCAGAUGUUUUCAGACCAAUCUUGGACUCUUUAAUCUUUAGUGAUUUCUACUUAAGCAUUCAAGAUUUCCCACUCUACCUUGACUCUCAAGCUUCAGUUGAUGAAUUAUGGAAAGAUCAAAGUGCUUGGGUUAAAAAAUCAAUCAUUAACAGUGCUUCAACUUAUUUCUUCUCUUCUGAUAGAGCUAUGAAUGAAUAUGCUGAACAAAUUUGGGAUAUUAAACCAUGUGAAGUUGAAACUACUUUAAAUAGAAGAUAUUAA